GUUGUAAUGAGACCUCAUUCCUCCCCCAGCUCCCCGCCGCUGAACCAUCGGCACUCCGAGGCACCAGGGACUUCGCUGAGCUAGGUGGGAGAGUUCCAAGGACAGCAAUCACAGGCAAGGUGUGGAAGUCUCAAAAUGGCUCUCGGAUGUUUAAAGACUCUGAAGUAUAUGCUAUUUGCAUUCAACUUGAUAUUUUGGAUCUGCGGAUGCACCAUCAUGGGAUUGGGGAUCUACAUGCUGGGGAUGCAGAAUGUCGGAGCUCUACUCUCCAGCCUCCCAUCCCUCUCCGUCGCCAACAUCCUGAUCAUCGUGGGAUGUAUCACCAUGGUGGUGGCUUUUCUGGGCUGCACAGGGGCCAUCAAGGAAAACAAAUGCCUGCUUCUCUCGUUCUUCAUCCUGCUCCUCCUGAUCCUUCUGACUGAGGUCCUGGCCGCCAUCAUCCUCUUCUUCUAUGAGAAACAGAUAGACAGUUACAUUGAAAGCGACAUGAAAAGGGCCUUGGAGGAACUGGAAACCACAAAUAGCAGCGGAGUGAAGGAAAUUUGGGAUAAAAUCCAGGCAGGGUUGCAGUGCUGUGGUGUUGUGAACUACACUGACUGGAAGGGUAACAUCCCCCAGUCCUGUUGUCCAGAGAAAGCCUGCAACUCCGGAAACUAUUUUACCAAGGGUUGCUACGGCCUGAUCCGAGACUGGUUUGAGUCAAACUUUCUAAUCAUUGGAAUCACCGUCAUCUGUGUAUCAAUAGUCCAGGUACUCGGCAUGUCGUUCGCCAUGACAUUGUACUGCCACAUAUGUAACAACUACAAGUCAUACGGAGAGUGAGCCAGUGCCGUCCCUCCCAGCGAGGAAGCCCCCGCCCUGUGGGAUUGUAAAUGUAUCUGCGAUUGUGGGUUCUGCUCUUCUGAAGACUUGGACUUUGUCUGUUUCCUGCUGCUGUCAAUGAAUGGAUGGUGCAAGGUUCAACCAUGCAAACCAGGUCCAUCUACACAAGCCCUGCACUGGUUCCACCCAUCCAGUGCAUGUACAUCACCUCUCAUUCUCUCCCUCGCACCUCUGCAUGGAGCCAUUCUCCAAUCAAAUAGACUGCUCUAGAAGAAAGGGCUUCGCAAUUCUAUAUCACAGCUUGGAAGAGCCAUGGGCAGGCCCCUGGAUCUUCCCACAGAAGACUUAACAUUUCAUGGAGUGACAUGGCCAUGUCAGAAUGCAUCCUCAACAGUUGUCCUUUCCUUCUUCAUCUCGAUAAUACAUCCUCCUAGUCCUUUCUCUCUCAUUUCUCAAGCUUCCCCUUAAAUGCAUCUGUUCACCUCUGCUGACAAGUACCACCAUUCUUCAUGACACAUUCCCUGCUAACAUUUCCUGGAUUUAAAUUCCCUCGCAUUUGGAAUCUUCUUCCCUAAGCUAUUAAAUCUUUCUAUAAACUCAAAGCUCCUUUUGGUCAGAUCUCAGACUUCUAUUUUCUAGAGCAAAUAACCCUUUGAUCAGUCUUCCAGGAAGGUUAUAACCCAUCGAUUCAUCCUUGUACAUGAAUUUUUCAUCCUCUAUGGAAUAUUCUUAAUUUAUAAUAUGGAGACCAGAACUGUUCCCAAAACUCCAAGUGAAGUCUAUCUAAAAUUUGAUACGUGUACUAUAACGUCCCUGCUCUUCAUGUUUAUCAGACUAGAAAUAAACUUCAUUAACUUGCUUCAUUUAAUAAUUUGUAGGUUUGUGUCCCAGAUUACUUUGCUUCAAUUCACCAUUUCCAACCUUAUUUUUCAAAGAAUAUUUCUCCUUUUUAUUCUUCUGAAUGAUCGGCCCAGUUGCCUUUAUUGGAGUGAAUUCUUACUUAGCUGGCCAUUCUAAUAGUUUACCUCCCUGAUUAUGGAGGAAAACAAAUCCCAGGCUGAGCCAUUAAUCUCUACCCUUGAUAGUGGGCUGAUUGUAACUUGUCCACAAAUGACCAUUCCCACAAGGGAGCAGCUUUCAGUUCAGGAGCUGCACCACUCUGUCUAACCAAUGGAAUGCAUACAGAUGGCAUGGUUUGGAUGCUGGUUCAAUCCACCAUUGCAACCAGAUCUAGAGUGCCUCACUAACUGUGGAGUGCAUUGGGAUUGCCCAGUAAUUGUGCUGGGAAAGUCUAUUCUUUCCUGCAAUCUGCAAGUCGGCCUGGAUUUGUGAGGUUGAUGUUUCUCACUGAUUGGGAUGGUGCUUGCCUGAUAAACAGGAGAUUCCCAGCUCUGUUGCUAAUCCUGAGGGAUUGUCUUGGGAUUUCCAGAAAUUAAAGAUUAAACUCACAGUGAGGUUAUGUGCGACCCAGUAGGAGUGUUGAAAAUGUAUAUUAUCCCUUACUUGAGCACUCCCGCCUGGUUAAUGGGGUGAGGUCAUUGGAAAUGGGAGGUCAUAUGAUGAAGGCAUCAAAGCAGAGUUGGCAGCUCAGUCUGACCACCCUGAGAAUAAACCUUGCCUAUUAAAUUUGUCUGGAAGUGCUGGAAAUCUGAAACAAAAGCAAAAGAAGCUAGAAACUCUCAAUGGGCCAGGCAGCUUCUGUGGACAGAGAAACAGAGUUAAUGUUUCAGGUGGAAGAAAACUCAUUUACCUGAAACAUGAACUCUGCUACUCCCUCCACAGAUGCUGCCUGACCUGCCAUGUCUUACCAGGAUCCUCUGUGACUAAGUUUGUAUUAGGUUUUGGUUCUUCCAAAUUCCUUUUGUUCAUCUUGAGGGCACUAUUUUAAGUUGAACACCUUCAUUGAAUUAAUGUUGUUUGUUCAAAUGCAGUGAUAGGUGCCUCACCCACCCACCCCCAGUGCAAGGUAACAAGAGGCAAAAGGUCCAAGCCUGCAGCUGGUGUGACAUGGCAACACGGGGCUGUGUCUCUGAAGCUGACUCACACUGUAGCUCUAUGAAUCAAAGUCAAUGAGUGAAAAGGUCCAUGUUGCAGCAGCCAAUCAACAUCAGGCUGCCAGCGGCAUGACUCUCAGAAUGCGAUUGGAUGUCGAGAUGAGAGAUUUUUUAGAACAAAUAGCCCCGACAGGUUGAAUGCCCCCUUUUCUCAACUUUGACACAGUAACCACGGUGAAUUUUUUUUAACUGAUUGCAAAGAAUCCUAGGUAUAACACAGGGCUAUGCUUGAACCAAGAUCAUGGGGGUCAUUAGAAUUUAGCUGAGUUCUGUUUUCCAAAUUUCCACAGCUUCACUCGAUGGUUAACCCAGUGUGUUCACAGUGUCAGCCAAUCAAUCGUGCACUAUAGUUCCUGUUCAAUGGGUCCAGUUGGGAUGUGAUAUGUAAUGAUGACUUCAAAAUCCUUUGAAAUGGCUAAUUCCCAUUUUGAUGAAACAGCUACAGGUUGAAUCUCUCUAUUCUGCCUCCACUGGGACCACAGAAAAUGCCAGAUCACGAAAGUUCACCCAAGAACUCCCUACAUAAACAUAUGCCUAAUCUCUAGGUUUGCUAAUUGCAUAUUUAUUGCUAUGCAUAUAAAGUAGAAUAAAGCUCAAAACUGGAAAUAAAACUAUUAACGCUGUCUGAAAUAGUUUUUAUGAUUUUGUGAAAUCAUAUGUUUUGUGAAAUCUUAUGUUUGAAAAACUGUACUGUACUUUCAUUUAUACUUAAUGCUGUUGAAACAUUUGUAUAUAUAAUAAAGCUUAAAAAAGAAAAUAAA